UCUGUUAAUUUUAGAACAUCUUAGAGAAAUUCAAUCCCGGUGCCCGUCAAUUAAUCUCAGCUGGCAAGGGUUAUCUAAAGUCAUUACAUGGUGCUGCAACAUCAGCUCGUUUAUUUAAUGAAGCAUUGGCUAAAAUUGCCAUGAAUGCUCAACACAGUGGAACCGGCGAUAUUGGAGCGGCUUUGCUAAAUGUUGUUAGUGUUUAUAAGGAAAUACAAGAACAGCAAAUGAAUAUUUUAAAAGCCUUUUAUGUGGAUUUGCUAGUGCCAUUAGAAACAAAUUUGGAAAAAGACACAAAAGUAGUGCAACAUGAACAAAAGAAAUUCAUGCAACAGCAUAAAGUGCGCAUGGAAUCGUAUCACAAGGCGGUGACUACCAUGAAAAAACAGCGCAAGAAAAAAGCUAGUCCAGAGAAUACCGAAAAAGAAUUAAGAACCCUACAAAUUUUGGAAGAUCAAAAGAAAAAAUUGGAUGCCUUCUGUGAACAAAGUUAUAAAAAUGCCAUGACUCAAGAACGUCGCCGCUAUGGUUUCGUUUUGGAACGUCAAUGUUCGAUAGCAAAACAUUGGAUGGCUUAUCAUACAACUGGCAAAAGCGUAAUUGAUAAUCAUUUGGAAAAUUGGCAAGAAAUUGCUGCAUCACGUGAGAUUUUACCCACUACGGUAUAUGAUGGUAAUUCAAUGCUAGUAGGCAAUAAAAGAUUGGAACGUCUAAAAGAUUCUGAUGAUUCACACGCUUCAAAUCAAUCGAAUCAAUUGAAAAAAUCCCGUAGUGUUGAUGCACCAUUCGGUGAUAUGAGGACAUUGCAUGAAAACAAUAUACCACCAUUUACACAAAAUUCUUUGCCACGUGCCAAAUCGGAUUUUAAUUUAAAUAGUUCCGGUUCGAAUUCAACAACAACUGUUAUAGCUAAUGAUCAUUCCGACCACGGCCAUUGGGAUCAACGUACCGUUGUCAAAGCCCUCUACGCCUACAUGCCUUCGGGAGAAAAUCAAUUGCCUUUCGAAGAAGGUGAUCGUAUAGCAUUGGUGGGUGGCAAAGCUAAAGGCUGGCAGUUUGGAGAAAAUUUACGUACACAAAUGUUUGGUUGGUUCCCGGUGGCCUAUACUAAUGCUGAUCUAAUUGCCGAUAAUAAAAUGAUUAAAAUGGAAAGAGAACGUCCCGAAAGAUCCAACGAUCGUUAUGAGAAUAUGCAUUACGAAAGGCAGAGUGGAGGAGGAAUGCGUAAUAGUUAUCAUGAGAAUUACAAUGAUAUGGAUAAUCAACAAGAAAUGGAAAGUGAUUCAACUUAUCGUAGGGAUCGACAUGAGGAAGCAUCGCCAACGAGAAUGUUUGGAGAUACUUAUAGAAAUCAAAAGAAGUAUCGACCUUCAUCGUCGGGUAAUCCUAGGCCGGGACCACCUCCCACUUUACCGGCACCAGUGCCUUCGGCUCAAUCAUCAGCACGUAUGCUCAAUUCUUCCCAGAGUUUUUGUGCUCCCAAUGGCAGCCAGUCAGCCAUUGAAAGACGCAACAAAAAACUGCUGAAUGGCAAUCAAAUAACACAUAAUCGUUUAUUUUUAACACGACAGCAAUCGUCCAUGAAUCAAUUGAAACCAGCGGCCGCUGCCAAAACCUCUUUGCACAGUAGCAAUGAUAGUGGUUUCGCCAAUGAACCACCACCCCAACCGGAGGUGGACUAUUCAGAUGAGGAGCAAACUAGUCGUGUGCCCAUACGACGUCGCGCCGAUACCAAUACCCAUAUAUCCACCAAUCGCGAGAUAGCUUCUUGGACUUUGAAUCGUAAUUUCCGCAGUAGUGUAGAUAGCCAGAUAGAUGACAAAAGUCUUAAGACUUUAAAUCGUAAUUCCGCUAAAAUGCGUUACGAUUUGAUAGCCAGUGAUGAUGAAAUACUCCAGGCCUCCUCGGGUGGUAUUAAACGUACAAAAUCUUUUUGGAAAUUUGGAGGCGGAAGACAUGAUGAUAUCUUGGCGGGCAUGUCUUUAUGGCAGCACCGCGACUUGGUGGCCGCUCCCAAUAUGGAGGAGUUAAGGGAUGAGGGUUAUCGUACUACCAGCAGUAAAAUGGAAAGUGAACGAGAAAUGGAGGGUAAUGAGACUUUGAAUAAGAGCAAUUCCAAUAAUUCCACUUCUUCACAAGAGAAACAUGAUAAACAUUUGGUGGAACAGGGAAGAGGACGUAAGGAUAGUGUCACCAGUUUGGAAAUGUAUGAUGAGGAUGAAAAUAUUUAUGGUUUAACGCCUAUAGUCAGAGAAUCCAUGCCCAUGCGCAGUAAUAAUAACAAUUUUACCCCCAAAUCCAGAAUGAAGAUCAUGAAAACUAUAGAGAUAGAUAUAGAAAAUCCCACGGAGUCGGAACGUUUAAGUACCAUAAAACGGAAUCAAAAAGAGUAUCAAAAAGAAUACCGGGAAAGUACUCUAAAUCGUAAUUCCAUAAUGGAAAAUAAAAAACAAAAUUCUUUGGGAAAUCGAGGACAAAAUUCGAAUCACAAAAAGUCCUAUGAUAUUCCAAAGAAUACUCACAAUAUGGGCCAAAAUAAAAAUAUGAAUGGAGCCGCCCCUAAUCGUACUAAUAAACAAACGGAAAUGUUUCCCUCUACCGAAAGUGAGGCGGGAGAAAGUGAAUUGGAUAAUGGCACUUUAAAAAUGAGUGAUGUUAAUAAUUUUUUCGACAACAAUGGCAAUAGUGGCGGAAUCAUAAUGAAGACCGUUAAACGGAAAGAUAUUUUAAAGCAAUACUAUACCAGUGAGGAUGAUUCGGAUGAUCCGGAAAUCAAAUCGACCAGUUCAGAUCCCUAUGAUUGUAUUGUGAUCAAUGAUCAUUUGGUAAGAAGAGAUGAAAAGCAGAGAAGGGCUCUACAAAUGCAGGAACAUCAAAUGGAAUUUCAAACUUUUAGAUCAUCCACCUCUAAUACGAAUCUACAGCAAAAUGGCAAAAAUAUGAACAUGAAUACAAACACGAAAAAGAAAUCAGAAAGAAGAGAACCUAGUGAACGCAGAGGCGGUGCUGAACAGGAUCAAGAAAGAUCACGUUCUUCCAAAUCCUAUGAACAUCACCAACAACAACAACAGCAGCAGCAACAGGAACAAAUGCGUUAUCAAGAUUCAACUUUAACUCGACAAUCUAAUUCCUCUCUUAACACCCCCACAGCCACCAUAUUGCCCCGUACCCGACUAAUGAAAUCUUCCAAUAUGUCCAGCAUGACUUUGGAAAGAAAUACAAACUCACAAUCCCAACAGAAAUCUUUAAGUGAUCGUGAUAAACAUUAUGGUAAAACUUAUGGACCCUGGUAUGAUUUCUGGGAUCAACAGGAUCAGCAGCAACAAAUGCAACAGCAACAACAAAAUAAAAAUAAAAUGAAAUAGUUUUAAUGGAAAACAAGUUGAAACGGGAAAUUUAACUCCACUCUCCACUUUUUCUUACGGGAGAAGAAAUUGUUUAAAAGAAAUCAAGAAAACAAGGAAGAGGAAGUUAAAUUCGUAAAAUCUUAUAAAAAAGAAAUGGAUUUUUUUGUAAAAAAUCUACAAAUUGUAAAAAAGUCUUGUUUUAAAUGUAAAUUAUAAUAGAAAAAAGUCAUUUUUAAAAAGAAAAGCAGAUAAAAGGUUCAAAAUCUGGUAAAAAAUUACAACCAUACCACGAUUUAUAACGAUCACAACAAAUCGUUAAUGAAAACAAAGAUAUUAAUCGAGGAAUUACUGUAAAUAAGCAAAAAACAACUCUGUUUUUCUUUUUCAACAAGAAAAACGCAGUUGUUUGCUUUGUUUACAUAACACCACAGCUGGGAGUUAUUCAUUUUUAUUAAAAUAACUUAACGAUUUCAUAUAU